AUGGAAAACCAAAAAACAACACCUGCUGCUAGUGAACAAUCGGCCAUAGCCACUACGAAUAGUACUGCUGCGCUACCUCAAAGUGUUCCUCAGAUACUGGAAAAUUUUCUUCUGAUCUGGCUUGACACCAAUUUUGAUGAAUCCAAAGGUGAUUAUAAACAGUCAAUACACGAUCUACGACAUAUUGUAGCAACAAUCACAAUAUUUAAAGAUAUUGAUCAAUGUGUUGAUUUUGUUACUGACAUUAAAGAUGAAAAAAUAUUCAUGAUUGUGUCUGGUUCACUGGAACAAUAUAUAAUAUCAGAAAUUCAAGCAUGUCCACAACUAGACUCCAUAUAUGUUUUCUGUGAAAAUCAAUCAAUUCAUGAACCAUGGGCGAAAACUAUAUCUAAAGUAAAAGGUGUUUACACAAAAAUUGAAUCGAUUUGCAAAGAAUUACAAAUCGAUUGUAAAAAUUGCGAUCGAGCUAUGAUCUCAAUCAGUUAUAAUGGCAUCGAUCCUUUGUUUAUGUACACGCAAUUAUUAAAAGAGGCUUUUUUGGAAAUUGAAGAUGAUGACACGAAGUCUAUUAAAGAGCUCGUUGAUUAUUGUAGUCGUCACAAUGAUGCUUCUCCAACCACACUAGAAAAGCUCGAACGAGAAUAUCGUCUUCAUUCACCGAUUUGGUGGUAUACAGGUCCCUUCUUUAUUUACUCUAUGCUCAAUCAUGGCCUUCGACUUAUGGAUGUCGAUGUUAUGCUGAAAAUGGUUUUUUUUAUCCGACAUCUACAUCAACGUAUUGAAAAACUACAUGGUGACCAACAAUCCAGCAUGUCUACCAGUGGACCAUUCACAGUCUUUCGUGGACAAGGUUUGUCCAUGAAAGACUUUGAAAAAAUGAAACAAACAACAGGAGAACUUAUGUGCUUCAAUAACUUUCUUUCAACCAGUCGUCAACGACAAAUUUCCCUUAUCUUUGCUCGUCCGGCGCCCAGUGAUACCGAUUCGGUUGCUAUCCUUUUUGUCAUGACCAUUGAUCCUACGGUAUGCGUACAAUCAAAAACUCCAUAUAUCGAUGUGACAGGUGACGGUUACUAUGACAAUCACGAAGAAGAAAUACUUUUUACGACCCAUACAAUUUUUCGUAUUGACAACAUCGAACACAUACAAGCUGAUCAUACCGACAAGCUGUAUGAAGUUACUCUCACACUUACGGGUAACUACAGUCACGGGUUACACGAACUCACAUCACACAUACGCGAGGAAGUCACCUCGGUUACAACACAAGGAUGGUCUCGGCUUGGCGAAAUACUCAUUAGGCUAGGAGAGCCCGCAAAAGCCGCACACCUCUAUAAGAUCCUCAUCCAAAAGGAACCUUCCACCAAAUAUCAAGCAGAAUACAAUCAUCAACUUGGACGGACAUAUUCUUUUCUAGGCAACUACUCUGAAGCAUUUCGCUCUCUUCAGAAAGGACUUCAAAUUCGAAAGACAAUUCUCCCUGCAAACGAUCCUGCCUUAGCGAAAUCCUAUCACUGCAUCGCUGCGCUCUAUGAGAACAUGGGCGAGUACUCGAAAGCACUUUUAUCGAACGAACGAUCACUUGAAAUCAAGAAAAUAGCUCUCCCUCCAAAUCAUCCCGACAUAGCUUCUUCCUACAACAACAUCGCUGCGGUGUAUACCAAAAUGGGCGAGUACUCAAAAGCGCUUUCAUCGUACGAACAAUCACUUGAAAUCCAAAAAAUAGCACUCCCUCUCAAUCAUCCCGACUUGGCUAAUACCUACAACAACAUCGCUGUGGUCUAUGAUUACAUGGCCGACUAUUCGAAACAGCAAUGUCAAAGGUCCAAAAAAUGUCCACUUUACUUAAAGUCCGC